AAGAAAGAAAGAAAGAAAGAAAGAAAGAAAGAAAGAAAGAAAGAAAGAAAGAAAGAAAGAAACGGUCUAUGUGAGGGGAUAUUGAACCACACACACAGUACAACUAGGGUAAAGUACUGUAUGUGUUUAUGCUUUGGGUCAGACACAGUCCACUGAAAUAAAUCCAAAUCCAAGAGUGAAAUCCAUAUUUGCAGGAAACCUGAGUCAACAUCAGGAUCAGCAUCAUAAUGGAUCUUAAUUGAAGCAAUAAAAGGCUAAAAUGAUGAAGAGAUUGGCCUUUAAUUGCGCUCUUUCUACCAAAUCCCUCCUGAGCAAGUUGGUAUGAGGGCAGUACUCAUAUGAUCAAACCUGACCGCUGCAUACUGGAGUGUGUGUGUGUAGUAGAGCUCAUUUCACACACAACCACAUACCUUUACGUGGUCUGACCAGAGGAAUCAUCACCAUCUCCCUCCCCACCACUGCCAGUGAUGUCGUCUCUUCUGCGGGAGGAGAUGCAGAGAGUUUUAUUCCGACCUGAUAAACAGAGACUAGUGGAGUUUAUUGAGAUUGAAGAGCCGUCGCACGGGAGACAUUUCCUCUGUGUCUCAGUUGCAAAAACCAAAGCGGUGCAGUUAAGUAUAGUGCGAUGUCAGAUAUCUCAGACAUCCCUAAAGUCUGGAUCCAAAAGGUCCCACACCAAACGCUCCAGCAUACAGGAGUGCUACAGGAGGACGGAGAUCUGGUCCCUGCAAGACCUGACUCUUGUUGACGGACGGGACCCUGACGUGGACGACCCCUGUUUCCUGCUGCACUUUGACAAGGUGCGUACAGUGACGGCCACCAGCUGCUCAGCCAAAUACUCUAUCGUCCGUGCCCUGGUUGCUCUCAGCGACCAGCACUGUCAGAGGUCACUGAACCUGCGGAACUUUGACUGGGCCUACAUCAAGCCCACCUCCUUUUACUCUAAUAGAGGAGACUGCGUUGUUCUAACACAGAUAUGCUUCUAUGCAUUCAAUUUGGUGUGUCUGUCUAUGUGUCCUGUGCCCCUGGAUGCAUAAUGGGACGACACAAUGAUUGUAUGUGUGUGUCAAUAUGUGGUGUGUGUUUAUGUUAGAAAUGUGCAGCAGUUUUACUGUAUAUAACUUGUGCUGAGUCGGAGGUGUGGAGUGAAUGUAGGCUUGUAGGGCCUUGAUGAAGGGUUAUCCACCAUGAAAUGUCUUUUGCAUUAAUACUCUGCUGAAUGUAUCUUCAUGGCAAAUACAAGUUUCAAGCAGCUUUGUUUUUGUUAACUGUGUAAUCUACUUUUGUGAUCUUUUGAUUACUUAUCCCUGAAAGUAUUCUAUUCUGUGUGCUAUUGUAAAAAUGUGAAUUUCAAACGGAG